UAUCAACCCUUGGCAUUCCUUCCUUCCUCGUCCGAAUCUUGAUAUAAUCGUCAAUCGGAGCUACGAUUUCUACAACGGUUUAAGGGAAUCGUUGAGCGCGGCCUUCGAUUCGAUGGGAUAUUGGAAGAGGGAUGAACAGGCGGCCGUCGGGGAGGCGGUAGCCGCCGGGCUUCGCAGCUUGGAGCGCCUCGUGCUGCAGCUCUCCCACCACCAGCCGCCGCCGGAUUGCCGGGAAAUCACGGAUCAGACGGUCGUCAGGUUCAAGCAGGUGAUCUCCGUACUGAACCGGACCGGCCACGCCCGCUUCCGCCGCGUCCCCCUCCCCGCCAUAGCGCCGGCGGCAGUGGAAGCGUCGGUAUCCCAAGACAUCGCGCCAGAAACUCCACCACUGACGGGGACGACGGCGCCUCAGGCAGCGACCCUGGACUUUACCAACCCAAAGGAGCACUUCAACGCCUCGGCGAUGAUGUCGGGGUCAAGCUCGUCUUUCCUCUCGUCUCUUACGGGCGGCGACGGCAGCGUGACCAGAAAGUUGGCAUCAGGAUCCUCUGUUCGCGUUCCCGCGGCCGGAGCGACGGUCGCGGUUUCAGCUAGGAAGCCACCGCUCGCGUCCUCCAACAAGAGAAAGCAGCCCGCCGACCACUGCCACCAUGACGACGGAGCCAAGGCGACCGCCUCCGCCGGGCGCUGCCACUGCACGAAGAAAAGCAGGAAGGACCGUCAAAAAACUACGACGCGCGUGCCGGCAACAAGUUCGAGGAACGGGGACAUCCCGGCGGACGAGCACUCCUGGCGCAAGUACGGGCAGAAGCCCAUCAAGGGCUCGCCUUACCCGAGGGGCUACUACAAGUGCAGCAGGGUGAAGGGCUGCCCUGCCCGGAAGCACGUGGAGCGGGCUCCCGAAGACCCGGCGAUCCUCCUCGUGACGUACGAGGGGGAGCACCGACACGGCCAGGCUAAUCCCGGCGCCGGGAGGCCCUCUGGUUGACCACGGCGGCUAGUGCUCUGUCUACUUGAGUUGUUCCUUCUUCUCGUUCCUUGAUAGCAAUUUCGGAGGAUAGUGUAGAGGAGAUAUCCGAUAUCUGAUCCAAAUAUUUAAUUAAAUAAUAUAUAUAUUAAAAAAAAUAAAUUUCAUUUACUAUUAUUGUUGUAUUAUUAUUAUUAAUAUUAGAAGUAGAUUAUAUAAAUAUUUAAUUUAUUUUUUAAUUAUAUAUAUAUUUCUAUCUCUAGUAAUAAGAUAUUAAUUUUAACAUAUUUUUUAAAUAAUAAUAAUUGGAUAGAAAGAAGAUAUCCAAAUGAGUAUAGACAUACCUAUGGAAUAUCUUAAUCUGUAUGAGAAUGGUAACGAAUGGUAUAAAAUUGGAUUUGAAUUUGAUUCA